AUGCUCGAGAAGUACAUUGCAGCACUGCUGGUGCCGUACUUGUCGAAGUACGUUGAGAACAUCAAUGAGGACCGACUUAAAGUAAACAUUUGGAGUGGGAAAGCAACUUUGAAUGAUCUCGUGCUCCGCCCGGAGGCGCUGGAUGCGCUGCUGAGCGCUGUGGCCGACGAGAGCGACAAGAGCAGCACUGAAGCUACUGGCGACGACGCUGCCGCGUCGCCGAAGUCGAAGCCGAAGAAGCCUCUGCUGCCUAUCAAGACAUAUCGUGGAAUCUGCAAGAAUGUCUCUCUCUCGAUCCCCAUCAAGCACCUUCGCUCCGAGCCCGUUGUGGUGGAGGUGGGCGAGGUGUUGCUGACUCUAAAAGGUGCGCAUACCGGAGCCAGCGAUACAAGCGGUUUAGCGACAGCGGUGAGCAGGUCUGAGCGCAACUUGAAGGCGGAUAAAUGGGCAACCGCGGCUGCGGCGAAGGCGAAGGAGCUCGACGCCUUCGAGGCGGAGCGCAAGCGCCAGCGUGAGCAGAUGGAGCAGCAGCAGGCAGCAGCGCUGCCCACUUCCAGCGAUGACGCGACCGCACAGAAGGGAAGCGGAGGCUUCUUCUCACGGCUCGGCGAGUUGGUGGUGAAUAACAUCAUCGUGAAAGUGGAUAUGGUGCACAUUCGCUACGAGGAUGAGUCGACAGAGACGGUGCUUGGUGCGGUGCUCGGCGGCGUGCAACUCCUGACAAUGAAUGAGUGCACUGGGCAACCUAUGUUCACGGACCCUUCGGGGCUGCAGAGGAUGUGGAAGCGACUGGUGUUCAAUGACUUGCAGGUCUACUGCGAUGACCCGAUCCGUGUGCGCGCAAACUCCACUCUAGGCCGCACCUGGUUCUCUCAGAUUGAAGACUGGCAGCAGUGGUACCACCGCAUGCGGCAGCGCGUGCGGGAUGGCAACGUCGCCUUGUCCACCAUUCUUGGCCCUGUUUCGGGCAGCGUGGACGCCAAGGUAGUUUUUAAGUUGUUUGUGCACCAGCUCCUCGACACACCGUUUGCAGAUGUGGCGGUGAGGCUGCAGUACGUGACAGCCAACCUCACCCGCUCACAGUACACAAAGUUGCUCCAGACCGCCAUGCUCUUCAGCAACCAGGCCGAAGUAUCACAGUUGCAGAAGUCUCGGCCGCGUGUGCCGGUGCUGGGGCACGCGCGUGAGUGGUGGCGGUACGCUAUCCGCACCGUUCGCGCUGUACUGGAGGUGCCGAAGCGAGCGAAGCUGCUCAUGCAGGUGUCGCAGGUGUGCAAGCCAGACUACCAAGCGCUCUACCGCGAUGUUGUGCGGCAGACAGCGAUGACGCCAGAGAAGAGGAGGGCCUACCGCUUUGUGACGCGGUUCAUGUCCACUGAGGAUAUGAGGGUGUGCCGCAAAUGUGUCUAUGCGCAGAUCGCGAAUGAAAUUCAGCUGAAACGGAAGGAUAAUGAGAUACGCAAGGCCGAGGAGAUGGCAAAGAAGCAUCAGUCAAGCGUGCAGCAGCAACAACCGCCGAAGCGCGGCUGGCUUAGCUGGUUGAGUGGGUACAGUGGUGCGUCGGGCACGGAUGCCACAGUUUCCCAGAGUGACACCACGAAGGAAAUCGAGGCGGACGAGAAGCUCUUCAAGUCCAUCGAGCUCGAGUACGGGAUUAGCGCUACCGACGCAGAGGCCGACCUCAGCUGCGCCGGCGGCAGCAGCAGCCUACCGCCGUCGUAUUGCUGGCUACGCGCAAGCUUUGACCUUCCACUCACGAGCUACCGCAUCGACACGGAGCAGCGGGAGUCCAUUACCCUCAAGCUGUUUCAGCUGCGCGGCGGGGUGGCAUCGUAUAACAAGCCAAACUCGAAGCUCUUCUUCUUCCGCAUCCAGAACAUCACCUUGGCAAAUCCAGCCGCCUCCCCUGCGACGACCAUAGGCACCAGCUCCGAGGCCGCUGCACGAUCGUCAAGUGGCUGUGGUAGUUUGGUGCCUUACCUUAUCGAAGGCGUGCAAGUUGAACGCCGCUUUAGAAAGUCGAGCCCAAACGGCGUGUGCGUCUCCAUGCAGUCGCUCACGGACGUGGACGGCAGCAAGCAGUUGUCCCCUGGCGUACCCACAAUCUACGACGUGAUCAGCGUGGGCGGCGAAGAGCGGCACUUGCCCUCGCUGGCGCUGACGCCUCCGCUGGGCACUCACGAGUCGGGUGGCAGUGGUAGCAAGGAGGGAAGUCAAAGUUCGCAACACAACUACGCCACACCGCUAUUCAGCAUCACUGGAUUCCUGAACCCGGUAGAGCAGCCGCUGUCGGGCACAUUGGUGGACGCGGCGAUCAAAGUGCAGCUCCUGCCGCUGCGCAUCGUGGCAGACCCAAACAUCAUUAAGCAGCUGAUCGGCUUUUUCUCGCCCCCGGUCGGAAUGGAUUUGUCAGGAUUUUCUGAGUCGACCAAGCAGGCGGCGUCUGCCCUCGGGUCGGCGGCGACGCAUGAGGUGCGAGUUGCUAUGGCUAAGGCCAAGGGACUGUACGUGACGGUGGACGCAUCGGCACCGCUGCUCAUCUUGCCCAAGAGCCUUCGCGCAGGUGCCCAGCAGCCAGCCCUGUGCGUCUCCUUAGGCUGCGUGCGCUUCAAGGCGCGACCCCUCUCUGAAGCGGAGAAGAAGCGACGACUGGCGGCCGCCGUUGCCAUCACAAGUGGCACGUCUGGCUCAUCCAGGACGGCGCCGACGAGGGUGACUGCAGGCGAUGAGCCCGGCAGCGCCUGUAGAGCUGCGACUGCCGAGGAGAGACUCUACUACUACCCGCAGAAGGCAAAAUUCUCCAAGUUUUACCUCGAGUUGACAACCAUGGAACGGGCGAUGCGGCGGCCACAGCACGGCUUCCUCGUGGUGCCUGAGGUGUCAAUCGCGGCGGACGUGCUGCAGCGCAUCGAUGAUAGCAAUACCGCUCGUGAAGCGGUGGUACUGCGGCUGAGGGUGCCGUCGCUGCGAGUGGCGUCCUCGGUACAUCAGAUCUACCUCAUCACCACCAUGAUGGAUGCCUGGCUCUCCAGCCUACGAGCGCCUGCUAGUGCGGCCAGUCGCGUGGGCUUGUCAGGCAGCGACACCGGCGGAGACGGCCCUGGUGGCACAGGCAUGGCGGCGCCGUUGCGGCUCAAUAUGGAACUUCUGCGCCGCAGUCCCCUUGUGUCGGAGUGUACUGAAUCGCCCCGCAGCUGUGCGGGCGCCGCUACCGAAGAGCACGGCGGGACGGACACAUCGGACAGGAGCUCCACAAAAACAGGCUGCAGCUCUUCGGCCGCGUCGCCAGCUCAGCCGUCCUCUCCCUUCAAAGUAGGGAUGCUUCGCCUCAGCCCCGACCAAAGCGCCGCUGUGGGCGCUUCUUCAGCAGAGAGUAGUGACCUGCCCGUGAUGCGGCUCGAGCUUCUUGUCGAACACCUCGGACUCGACGUGUACGACGACGAUCCAAGCACACUCGCUGUGGGGAAACUGGCUGCCUUUCAGGUGGAGUGCGCGAGCGCCGAGGUCAUCCUCGCCGUGCGCAGCCGCCACAAGAAGAUGGUGCUGUGGCUGAAGCAGCCGCACAUCGUUGCUGCUCACGACGCUGCGUUUCCCAUCUUCUCCGGCGGUGGGGUGCGAGUGGAUCUUCUCCUCCCCGAGAACGAAGCCCCGACAGCCGUGGCGCUCAGUUUUGACUCUGCCCUGAAGGUAUGCGUAGGUACACCGUGCGUGGAGUUACUGGAGAGGGUAAUGGACAUGGUGAACCUCACUCUCUCCGCCAUGGAUAGCAGCGCCGGCGGCACCGGUGACGGCGUGAACGCGAAGACUGCGGCGCUGCCGGCCGCCACGACAGCAGAUCGUUCGGCGGGCCGAGAGCUCGCUUACCUUCGGCCCACCACCACGGCCGCCUCCGACGUGGUGGAUGACGGAGCGAGCAAGAACGGUGACCUCGCUCAUCAACUUAGCCUCGUGCGGCAGCAGUGGUCGAUGCCAAACCGGCACGUGGCAGACGUCUUUGUGCGCAUUCCUGGGCCCAUCACCGUUACGCUGCUUAACCGCGCCCCCGGGGCGGACAAGGAUGUCCCCUUCGCGUCGGCCAGUAUGCACAAGGUAGAGCUGCAGUUGUCCAAGUACGCAGUCACGAUGGACCUCUCGGGGCACGUCGGCGAAGUCUCGGCAGGCGUUCUGGCGUCCUUCGGCUUGGCAGAAGCCAACAGGACGCUGCUUGCCUAUCGGCGCCCCUCUGCAGACACAGGUACUGGAUGCGGUGCUGCGAGGCCGUCGGCUCCGCCGUUGUCGGCAGUACCGCCCGUUGUCGAUGUCCUAUCAGCGUCACCAACGACCAGUGUCGAAUCCGAGGAGAGCGUUACUUACAGUCGCAGCAGCUCUAGGAAGCAGCUCGACGCGAAUGGCCUCGAUCAGAACGCACACAUCAGCUUUACCUUUUGCAAGAGCCGGCCUGUCAUGCCGCUCUUCGCCGAGGUGGGUGGAAAGCGGUCGCUAGUGAAUGCGCAGAAGCUGCGCUACUCCAGCGCGAUUGAGCUGCAGGUGGGGGCCAGCACCAUCACCGCUGACCUGCACACCGUCAUGAUCUUCAAGACAUACUUCACGGCGGGGCUCUUCUCGCGCAUUAGCCGCUUAGCAGACCGACCCCUGUACAAUGGUCGCACUCUGCCGCCAACCCGAGAGGGUCCGCGGCUGCUCAUGAGCAUGCGAGUGGUGGCUCGUGACACCCUCAUUGUUCUCCCGGUUGAUCCACGCGCCAGUAACGGCGCCGCUGCUGCUACUGCUGCUGUCUCCGCUACCACCCACCGCUUCUGCGCCUUCCUUGGCAACCUGGUCUUGCAGAACAGUCUCCGUGCACGAGAGGGGCAGGAGACCAUGAGCGUUUCGCUCGGCGGGGUGGGCAUGUGGCGCGAGGAGUUGCGCACUUUGUCUUCGUUGUCUUCGCAGCCGCGUAGGCGCAGUAGGCCGCUGGGUGCGCCGCCGCCGGUCAGGAAGCGCUCCUCUCUCUUGCCUGCGCAGACGUACCUCGAGAUGGCUGUGCACACCGCGCUCGACCUUCGGUCGGAGGAUCCACCCCGCAUCGACAUACGCAGCGAGGACGUAUCGCUGGAGCUGCGGGAGACCGACCUGGUGCAGCUGGUCACCCUGCUGCGUCAGAACUUGACUCGCACAGAUCCGGCGGAUAUCGCCGCCUAUACGUUGGAGGCCUCCAAGGUGCCCCUGGUGGUACUGGGCAAGGGCGGCGAGGCUGUCGCGGCGCCCCUGCAGCUCUCCAGUUCGGCGGGGCAGGGAGACGGCGUGAUAGUCUCGCGUGAUAGGGCGUCGCUGGUGGGGGCAGCGGCGGUGGCAGAUCACAGUGACGGCGGCGCUGGGCGCAACGGCAAUGGGGACCUUUUUAUGUCGAUGCGGCUAGGCAGAAUCUCGAUGCUGCUUUCCAACGCAUCUGACGAGGCGGCUGGCAGGCCUAUCGCCGCGACGUCAUCCCGCUUCCAGCUGUACAGCACAGGCGUCUCGAUGUCCGUCGCACUGUUGUCCAACUGCGUUAGCGUGCAGUGGAAGAGCCUCGAACUGGAUGACGUGCGUGACAACAACCGCUCGGCGCUGGUGUGGUGUGAGGCGGGCUCACUUCAAUUUUCUGACUCGCUCACCCCCCACAGCAUUAUGUGUGACUUCGGCGUCCGACGCACCGCCCUGCGCAGCACCGACGCGGAGGGGGAGUGGGUGACGGGCUCCAUGGUGUGCAGUGAUCCAAAGGACAGUAGCGGUGACUCGAUGCCGGCCUCCUCUACGGGUGCCGCUGCUCGUAGCCUGAGCAGGCGCAGGAUUGUGGAGGUGGGCAACAACGAAAGCGAUUCCCCGACCGACACGCAGCUCCUCACCAUGUUGAUGCUCUCGGCUAACUUUACACUGCGCCGCUUUGCCGUUUCGGACCAGUGGCUGGCGCUCUUCGAUCUCGUCUGCAACGAGGCGGUGCUCUCGGCAUGGACAGCAGCGCAGACAGGGAUGACGACCACCGCCCACGCAUCCCCCUCGACUAAUUACGUCAGAGGCAAAAGCGGAGGUGGUGAUGCAGCGCCAAAAAGAAGGACCGACGCCACGGGCAGCCGCAGCGGUAUGCGGGUCGUCGUCACUACCCCAAGUGUUGUUAUCCCGUUCCUGAACUCGAGACGCGAGACGCUCAUCGAGGCAAGCAUCAGUGCUCUCCUCGUGGAUGUGGUGCAGCUGCCAACAGUGAAGCAGGUCGCCAUGAAGGUGCGCGAGCUCACCGUAGUGGACGCGCGCUCAGGCGAGAAGAUCCUCUUCAAGCGUUCCUCCGGUAAAAGGUCGUCUCCUAGUGUUGUCGCCGCCGGCAGCGGCCUUGCAUCAGCCCCGACCCCCCAGAGUGGCUUGAAGGACGACUGGGAGUACACGGACCAGCUGUCCUCGCCGCUGAUCGGAAGCGGUGGCGGCGCUGCUGGUUUGGGCACCUCUGCCGAGCCCGAUCAUGCCGAGGUGCUUCACUUCACGUUCAAGUCGGACCCGGUGGCGAACAUCAACGCGAUUCAGCUAGGAAUUGGCGAGCUGCACGCAUUGGUGUCGAUGCCAAUUAUAUACGGCCUAGUCGACUACUUCACUUCUCCGGCUGAGCCGGUGGCAGAGAUCGCGAGUCUUGGCGUGAUGCGGGAGCAGCGGGCCCGCAUGGCAGCCGCAGCUCAUCAAAUGGCCAACUCCUCUCUCCUUGUACUGCACGUCCUGUGGCGGCAGCCACGCAUUAUCCUCUCUGGCGACGCGAUGCAGCUGCAGCAGCGGUCUGGCAACCUGGAGAUGCGACUUGGCGUAAUGCGGGCGGCGGUGCGAAUGAACUCCAGCGCUGCUGCGCUGUCGGUGGUGGUGAGGGUGCAGGAGUACAGCAUCCCCUCGCUGCUGAAGCGGUCUGCGCUGCGCUUCGCAUACGAGGCGAACCGCGGGGUGGAGGUUAUUGACCUGCACAUGAAGCGGACAACGGCGCUCUUCCACCCUACGGAGGUAGAACGACUCGUGCGCCUCGCGCAGCGCAAUGUGCUUAUGCCUCGCGACGUGAACUACUAUGGCUUAUACGAAAAGGCGGUGGUGCAGCAGAACGACAACCUCGCCACAGCCGCUACCACGCCGAUGCCGGCCUCGGCACAGCAGCAGUCGGGUACACACACAGCGCCUGCGCCUCAGGCGAAGAGCAAGGUGCCUGCCACUGUAGCCUCGCCUCCACCAACUCCCUCACGUACUGUUCAGGUGCACAUCGACGGCUUGUUGGUCUCUAUUUACAACACCCUUGGAGUUAGCACGCACGUGCUCACAAUCGAGGCACUGGACACCACCGUCUUGCCAGACGGCAGCGUUACGCUUACUAUUCCGUCGCUUAGCCUGCUCGACCAGUCUACAGGUCGUUGCAUGCUACAGAGUGAAACCGUGCUCGUACCAGCCGGCUCUGGGGCAGACAGUCCAACUGCCCACACGGCAGCCCCAGCAGCGGAAUCGAGGAGGAACGGCAGCAGCAGCGAUGAGAACACCAGUGCCACUGCCAACGCCAAGGGCGACGCUACCGCCACCCCAGCAGACGCAGCGCUGCGUCUCACCUUCAAUCCUGCCAACUGCAGAUCAGACGUCCAGCUUGGCGCGGUGCUCGUGACAGUCAUCCCACAGAGCAUUGGAACGCUCGUGAACACGUUCCUCUCCGUGCACAUCCCCAGUACUGACGAGCCGGAUACCACCGACUCUCCCGCUCCCCAGCCUCUCUCUGCCAACGCAGCUGCACCAACGAGCGACAAGGAUGGCAUGAGGACGCCACGUAACACCGCCGCACCCUCCAUCGCUGUCGCCGUGACGGAUACCUCAACUACGCCGUUCACCUUCACUGCCGCACUGGCCAAGUGCCGUGUUCGUUUCUGCCAGGGCGAUUGUGAGGUGGCGGUGCUGCACCUCGAACACAUCGCGUGCAGCUCUAACUCGUACCCAAACGGCGCCAACGAACGCAUCGUGACGCUGGGCAAUCUCUUCAUGGUUGACAGCACCAACGUGAACACGAACUAUCCCACCCUCAUCUACCCGUAUGAGGACACCGAGGCUGACGAUGCGCUGGGCGCAGGCGCGAACCUGGCAGACAACGCUGAGUCAACGAUGAGCAAUCCAGCGGCAUCACGGGGUGCGCUGGUGACGUACGAGGUGAGGACGAAAGCGCUGCCCACCACCAAACUCCCAACGAAGGCUCAUGACGGCAACGCUGCUGCAUCGACGGCGCCAACAUACACGUGUCACAUGAAAUGCCGGUUGGGCAGUCUCUCCUUCAUUCUUGUACCUGAUGUCGUGCGCACCGUUCUGAGCGUCGUGCGCGAGGCGCAGGCGCACGUCUCCGACGGUAAUCGUGAUAAGGCCUACAGCUACGUCUCCGACCGUGCCGCGGAGUCGAUGCGGCGCAGAAUCGAGGCCGAGCACCUGAUGGAGAUCGAUGUAAUGGUGCACCGUCCGCAGGUGCUUCUGGUCGACAGGCCCACUGCCACCAUGGGUGCGCUUCUCUCGCCCGGCAGCUUGACCGUGAGGAGUCAGCUGGUGUUUCCCAGUGACACCACCGUCAGGGAAAACACAGACGCGACAGCAACUGCCGCCCGCUCUGCGGCGUCGACACGACUCACGGAGCCGGAGACGAAGCUGGCGGAGAUGGCACGAGAGGUGUUCAUUCUGCAGGUGAGCAAGAUGAGAAUGCGGCUACAGGGCGACAACUGCUUGCGAGAAGACUGCAGCAUCUUUGUGGAGUUUCAGCGUGCGCUCCCGACACCGAUCGACUCAUCCACAGCAGCAGCGGCCAGCGCCUCCCAACCAAAGGGGGCUGCAAUGGGGAGCGCAGAGGGCGGUGAAGAUAAAACUACUGUACAGCUGCAAUCAAUCAUGAAGGUGGACGUACCGGUGCUCUCCAUAACGUUCACCGACGAGCAGACGAACUUUGCCAUGAACGUUCUUGGCGCCUUGAUGAACGGGACCACGGCCAGUCGUGUCGUUAAGACGGUGAGCGCCGUAGGCGAUGGGUGUGCCGUGACGCGCAAUGCGGUGGCGUCUUCGGCGUCAUCAGAGAACGUUGGCAGGCGGAGCCACUGCGACGGCUCUACGCCGGGCUUAGCUACCCCGCUGCCGCCGUCUAGUUCGCGCCACACUGCUGGUGGUGGUGGUGGUGCUGGUGGGUCUCCGACGUCGGCUGGGUCAGCGGCUGGAGCAGGCUCGCAAAGAAGCAGCGCGACGGCGCGAGCCUCCUUGUCUACUACGGCCAGGCUGCAGUCUCUUGCAGCACACCCGGUGCCGCAUCUCUACACGCCUACGAAGGGGGCCCCGGUCACGUCCUUCACCCUCAUUGCCCACGUAGGUUUCCUGCAAGCCGAGGUGGCUGAUCUGUUUCGCCUGCGUCUCGAGGGGGCGCGAGUGCUCAGCACCGACGUGAGCACCACCGGCAAGACGACGGAUGUCCACGUUGCCUCCAUACAGAUGCAGCACGUCGGUGCCGAGGUGGAGGCGCCGCUGUCUAUGGACGCAGGGGCGCCGCCCUCGUCGCCGCUCGGCACAGGCUUGCGCGUCGGCGCCCGCCGCACCUCGCGCAUACAAGAGCUGGUGGAUUUCCUCACUCUAACGAAGCUGCACGUGCAGUACAUACAACCGCAGCCCAUCAUCGAUGUGGACGCUGGAUCCAGCCUGGUCGAGGACACCGUUAGCGUCUCCGCAGGGGUCUUCAACGUGGCCGUCUCGCCGACGAUUCUAUUCGACACCCGCGAGGUGCUCUACCUGCCCUUCUGCUACAAAGUACUGCGCGUGCCGAUUGAUCCGAUUCCGAUCCUCAGCCUCAUAGACGAGACGACCAUACUGCAGGAGGAUGCGGUGCUGGAUAACAAGCAUGUGUUACUGACAGCGAGCCGCACGCGGUGCUGCUACGUGCUAGACCUCAAUGGGCACAAGCUGGUGCUAACUGAUGCCCCGUCUGGCCAGAUCGUCUUGUGCGAGGGCUGCGAGCUGAUCAUAACCAACGGCACCGUUCAUAUCCCGGGCAUGUACACAAUCGGCUCGUACGUGAGCUUUGCUCCGUCAACAGCGCUCUUCACAACCGACAGUGUGCGGUUUGAGAAGAAGUUCUUGAACUUGUCGAAUAGGGCUUUCUACAGACCUCUCCUGUCUUCGGCAAUGGGAUCCCCAAGGGGUAGCGUGGCGCGGCGCGACAGCCUAGAGAGUCCGCAGUCACCUGAAAGCGCGCGCGCUUCCAGCGCCGCGGCACCGACAGAGGUCUCAUCUAUGGACCCCCUGGUAGUGGCAGCGGUGCCACGCGUGCCUCACCGCACUGCCAUCGAGCUGCACGACCGCACUGUUCGGCUGCUGGCUAGUUUCUGCUGCGACACGAUGGAGUUGCAAAUGCUCUCGGAGGAGGUGGUCGACCUCUCCAUUGGACUGCACAUGCAGUGCCGCGCAAGGUAUGCGCAAACUAACGAAAAUGAGAAGCCGGCGCGGCGAACCGUGUCGGUGCAGCUGCUCAAUGUUCGCUCGAGCGAGAACGAGGAACACAUUUUGCUGCCGACAGACAUUACGAUGAACGUGAGCGGGGUGGAGAACGUGAGCGUGUCGCUAGUCCUGGACUCGAUCGAGUUCUGCACUCGCGCCACACUACUGCGGUCGCUCGUGGAACUUGGCAAAGAUUUUGGUGCCGCUUUCAUUGAGGAGACGACAGUCACGCGUGUGAAGCCGCGUAUUGAAUACGAGACCCAGUCGCUCGACCCGCUGGUUCCGGUGCUGGAGGCUGGUGAGUGUGAGCACUGCGGCCAACACGACGCCUACUUGGCGCGGGCGGCGGACAAGCCUGGCGUGUUGUGCUACAAGUGCUGUACCGGUCACGACCACGUGCCGGCGAUGCAUUUCUGGGUUGAGGUGCCGCUGAUCGACGGUGUUGUGUUCGGGUCAAAGAGUGACAUGGCCCACGUCUUUGUGCGGAACGUGCUACUCUCCGUCGACCCCUCCAUGGACCUGCAACUCACACUGCACACGUCGCUGUACGGCUUCAGCAACACCGCAGCUGUCUGGGAGCCUGUAGUUGAGCACUUCGACGCCAGCAUCUCUGGAAGCGUCAAGACGCACGACUACAAGGUGCGCACAGAUCGCUUCGACUGCGUCGUGUCACCCCAGAACAUUCGCCUGCUGAGUGGGAUGGUGGCCGACUACGGCGACGCCACAGCACUGCAGAAACAACUGCGUAAGCAGUUCCGCCGGCAGAAGCAGCUGCGCACGCAGCAGAUGGCGCCGAGCCAGGGUAUGCCCAUGUAUGUCGACGCCUCCUUCUUCGACGAGGAGGCGCGACUGCAGCAACAGGGAGAGGAGGCGGAGGAGCUCGGCUUCCCGGAGACGAACGCGUCAGCGGAGAUGAGCUCCUUCUGCCCGCUCGGCGCUGGUGUCGACUUGUCGGCGGGUAUGGCGAACACGUCCAUCUUUGACGCCCUCACGGCGGCGAACCGGUGGCUGCUUGGCGCUGCCGCAGCGCAGUCAUCCAAGCGCGCGUAUGCGCAUGUGUACGUGACAAACAACUGCAACGUCAGACUCUCGGUUGACAGCUACAGCGUCGCACCCCGCGGCGGCACGUUGCGCUUCGUGGCCAGAGAGUCGUCCGUGACGGUCCGCCGCGAGACGAAGCUAGACGCGCUGCAGGGUGAGGGCUACCUCACCAGCAUCUCCAACCCAUCCCUGUACGUACAGACCAAGGAUAUGGUGCUGGAGACGAGAGUUGUGCUGGACCAGGAAGAGGGUGCGCGCUACCUGCGCCGCACAGUGACUAUGAUCGUUUACCCACUGCAUGUUUCCCGCACGAUCAUCUGCCUUGAGAACCGCCUGAGCUGCCCACUGGUGUCUAUGGACCACAACCCCCCUAUACAACCAGGGGAGCGCUUCUACGUGGCGCCGACGGUCGAUCUCAAGACCCCUAUCGUUGUGCACCCCGUCAACACACCGGACAAGGUCGAGUACGAAGUUGGCAAGCCCGUGGCGACGGUGCUGGGCGGCAACCCCUCUCAAGACUCGGCAAACCUACCCACACUCCAAGAGGUUCUCUGCGGCGCGCCUCUCAUCUUGUGGUGUAAGGCCAAGAGAGAGGCGGCCAAGUCAAUGACUGUUGUCGUCUACGUGCGGCAGGAGGAGAUGCGCGGCGGUGUACCGACCUUCGUCAUCGCAAUCGAGUCGCGCUUCCGCCUGCGCAACAAACUGCCGUACCGACUCAUUGUGAAUGUCAUCCCCGAUCCGGAUGGGUCGCUGGCGAAGGGAAAGACGACGUCGCGGCCGGUGCAGCCACUCGUGAGCACGGUGCUGCAGGUGCGCCAGAGCACCGACCUGGGGCUGAGCGGCUACAGCUUGAACCAAGUCGCGUUCAUGUUAGAGGUGCGGCAGCGUGGCUGUUGCACCACGGUCACCGACACGUCUGCUGCUGCUGCGUCACCAUCUCCCAAGGGGCAGCAGGGAGAGGAAGAAGAGGUCUUCACUACUCCGGUUCCUACUGCCGUGUCUCCUGACAGGCCGUUCAUCAUCCUGCGCUCGCAGUACCGCCGUCAACUCGUCAUUCGAGCAUCUCUUGUCGCCAAUAACUGCAAUAUCAUGUUCUCCACUCCGUACGUCCUGCUGAACCACUCGCCGAUCUCGCUGAGGCUGCGAGAGUGCACGCGAAGGGGAGAGAACCGGCUGUACAAAGCCGAGCCCAACUACAGCGUCCUGAGCGCCGAGAUGAACGCGAGCAUCGCUGCCUGCCCGAUGAAGAUCAGCAAGAGCGAGAACUUCUUUGUGAACCUCUACCACAAGGAGUACCGCGGCACCUGCAUCCCCCUGCAUGCACAGCAGCGCGGUGUGGUCCUCAUGCAGAACCACAACUCAUCGGCAGCCACCGGCAGUAGAGACCCAAAGAAAGGCACGGCGUCGUCUGCGCAUAUACCAGGCCCGCCGGUGAUUCACCUUGCCUACUCCUCCCAGGUGGAUCCCAGUGGGUCACUACUGGUCAUCAUCACACCGCGGUGGAUGCUUGUGAACCGCAGCCACCUGUCCUUGUACGCGGCCCCGUCCACGUACAGCGGCAUCACAGCGAAGGAGGCGGCAGCCACGGCGGUCAUGGUGGCGGCCCAGCAGAAGCACACUGAACGCGGGGACGACGGCGAGGCGCCGCCGAUGGGGACGCCUACGCAGCAGCACAGGGACAUGGACGCCAUGAAGGGCGCUGUGCCGGAGAUGAUGUCGCAGAACAGCGUUGUUUUUCUCUCCGACGCCCCAACGCAGGUGGUGACGCUGCUACCGCAGAGCGCCACCCCACUUAUCGAGACCCCCUUCUGCGGGCCCGAGGUCGGCUACCACUUGCAUAUACUACAGAGCCCGCUUGCCCCGCUCUACGGUACCCCGAUAGGGAUUGAGAGCAUCCACAGCGAACUCAUCAUUGCGUACAAGCCACUUCUAGACACCGACAGUCGCGCGACCGGCGUUCGCGCCUGUGACGCCAGCGGCAUCAGGCACAGCGGUAGCCCCCUGCAGCAGCGUGACCGCUUCCUCGAGGUGUCAAUCACGGCGCGGGGCUCCUACACGUACGUCGUGCUAGAGCUGUCGACGCAUGCACCAUACCUGCUGCUCAACCGUACCAGGUACGCUAUCGAUGUGCUGGACACUGCGGCGAAGAGCAAGGGCCGGCUCAUGGCGCGCGUCACCCCCGGCUGCGGCACAGAGCUGUUUCUCGAUAGCACCGUCACGAUGCUGAUCCAGCUAAAGCUCUUCAGCUCCGACGGUCGUCGCCAGCUGCAUGAGGUGUUCUUUGACGUUGGUCGGCCUAUGUCCCGGCACGAGGUGAACACCGCCGCCGCGUCGGCUGCGGGCGUGCUCUACACGCUUGGCUUUGGCGCCAACGGUCAGCAGAUCAUCGAGAUCGCGCCGGCCAAGGCGGCCCUGCCCAUCGCCUACACAAGCGUCGCGGCGCCGCCCAUUCCGAUCAAUGUGCUGCUUAACAUGGCUGUCGUGACGCUGGCGAUCGUGAUGCCGAACGCGGACAUUUUGUUCUGCGCCGUCACGGACGUGCGCUUCAGCUGGGACCGACAGAGCGACCGCGAGACGAUGAAGUUCAGCAUCGAAAACUUCCAGGUGGAUAACCAGACGGAAGUAUCACCACGCUACGAUUCAUGCAUCCUCUCGCUGCGCAGGUCCAAGUCCGUGGCGGCCACUUCCGGCUACCUGGAGCGCAUCCUGGUGCCCGCCAAAGGCCUCAUCUGCCUCGAGGAGGUGCGGCUGGACAUCGUGCCGCUGGCGCUGCGCGUGUCUGACACGCUUCUCGUGGCGAUCGCGAGGUUUGUGCAGGCGUUGCGCGGCGGCGAUGAUGCACCGAACUUGACGCUGGCAAGCCAGAGUGUCCUGCAGCCCAGCAGUAUGAACACUGUUGAGCUGCAGGAGGCCGCCGCCGCCACCUACGAGCGCUGCCCAACGCUGGCAAAGCUGUUUCACAAGGCACCCGUGCAGGUUGACAUGUGGGCCUCGCGGCUCACGCUGGAGCGCUUCAUUGUGAACCCUAUCGUUGUCCGUGUGUGGCUGACCCGUGAUGCGGAUGAGCACGACUUCUUCCGGGAGAACAUCACCUCGAAGGAUGCGGCGCUACUGUCCAUGAUGGUGCCGUCGUGCGAGGACGUCGUGGUCGCGGCGCCGGGCAUUGUCACGGUGAAGCAGAGCAGCCGACUGGGAAUUUUUGCCCAGUGGGUGGGCAAGACCUACACGGAAAGCCUGCUCUCCCAGCUGAAGGGCCUUCUGCUGCAGUACGCGUCGUCGUUGCCGCUGAUUGGUGCGCCUCUCAAGCUCGCCUCCGGCUUCGGCAACGGUGCCGUUCGCCUCUUCCGUGAGCCGAUUGAAGGGCUCUCGACGUCACCGUCAGCCUUCGCGACAGGGCUGGCGCGCGGCUCCGCAGGCUUCGCGCAGGAGUUUGCCGGUGGUGGACUUGGCGCGCUCUCGAACAUCACCGACUCGUGGUCGCGGCUGCUCAGCAUGGGUGGCGGUCUCUCAGAACGAGAGCGGCGCAAGCAGAAUGUCUUCACUGGAUUUGCCAGCGGCAUCAAAGGGGUCGUUCAGCGUCCGAUGGAGGGCGCAGCCGAGUCGGGUACUGCCGGGCUCAUCAAGGGCACGGCGCAAGGCUUGGUUGGCGUGCUGGCAAACCCAAUGUCUGGGCUUCUCUCGGACAUGUCACGGGCAACAGGCACCUUGGCAAAGCUCGUCACGGACACUUACAUUCCUAAAACGCGACGGCUGCGGCCGAUCCGCGAAUUCCACGCCAACGGCGGUGUUGCUCCCUGGCGGUCUCUGGCGUCGGUCUACCAGUAUCAGCGGAUUCAGGUCAGCACUGGCACCUGGUCCGGCGAGCAUCUCAUCUCCAGCAUCGACGGCUCAGAGUGGUACCCGUCGAAGCGCGAGAGCGCCACAUACGGCAAGAACAGGACGCCUGUCCCGCCGGAACGCUGGACGCUGGAUCGCUACAACACCAACUUCAUGGGGUGGACGUACAGCACCAAGUACUACGGCAUCUACACGGACCGACUGACGGCCGAAGUGCGGGUGCGGCGCAUGCGCUGGACAGCGCUGCUCCGGCCGCUGCCGUACUCGCGUGUCGCGUUUUACCUGCGCGUGUGCCCUGGUAUGGAGACCAAGCAGCGCCGCACAGCAUCGUCUGCCUUCAACAGCACUAUCACGAUGCCGCAGGAGAGCACAAUCAGGUUUACGUCGCCUGGUGUGCUGCAGGCGACGACGGAGGAGCAGUCAAAGGCGCGCAAGCGGCGGAUGUUCGACUCGCGAACCUCCAGUCAGACGCGGAGCAGCAGCGGUAGGGGUGGUGACGGCCAACCCGGGGAGAGGUCUCCCUCGAAGUCGCGUCGCACCAACUCCGGCGAGACUUUUGCUGACGAGGAGUGCACGAAGAGGGUACCGACAAUCCAGGAACGCUUGCGCAGCUGGACGGCAACGGGUCGCAACGUUGGCGUGAGCAGCGAGACCCUGCGCAGCCACUCUGGCGUGCUCGCCAUUGACGAGCUGCCCGACGUGGACGAGUUAUCCGACAGUGGUCUCGACGGGAGCCCAUACUGGAGGGUGAAACCCGCAGGUGCUCGCAGCAUGAGCCCGCUACAGGCACCGGAUGCGCCACGCGACAGUGAAAGGAUGAAACAUUCGGACCACUCGCGCAGCAACUCGGAGCUUGACGCGUUCUCGUCGCCUGGGAUGCUGGACAGCAGCCACCAAUACAAGUGGGACGACGACGAUCGCAGCUUUCACAGAAAGAGCAAGCGAGACAGGAAGAAGGCCGAGACUCUUGCCGCAUCAUCGACGGAGGAGUCGGCGGGCUCCAGGGUGCCAGCCCCCACCUACUACACCCGCAGCGCCAGUGGAAAGAUGCUGCCGGUGGACACGAUCGUCCCCGUGGCACCGGUCCCCGGCGCGUCGCCGAUACCUGUGCCGCGCACAGUGAGUAGCGCGAGUGCGCCACCACCGAGCACGAUCGUCGAGGUAUACGAGUACGAAAAGAAGGCGACUUUGCUGGGGUGGGGGAAGCGGUACCUGCCGAGCGAUUGCCCCGCGUGGCAGGAUGUGCACGGUCACGAGGUGCCGAGUCGGAAGGAGAUACGCGCGCCGGCGGGCUGGGUCUGGACGACCGAGUGGACAGUCAUCGGUGGCGACAAGGAUGGCUGGACGAUUGUCAGCAAGGGGGAACGCAAUCUGCGGCGUCGCAUGUGGCAGAGGCGUCUGGUGAAGCAAGGCAUUCCGCCAUCGCCCCACACAUAA